AUGUUCAAAUCAACUAUUCUUGGAUUAGGUGUUUUAGCCGCCGCCCUUGGUUACGUCAAUGCUGACGAUUACAAUUGUGCUCAAAUGCAACAAUUGGCCGGUACAGUUUUUUCUGGUCAAACUGCCACCAACUUUAUUUGUAUCGCAUACUAUGAGUCUAGUUGGAAUACCGAUGCACAAAACCCAUCUGGUGCUUCUGGUCUCUGGCAAAUUUUCGAUUUGUUCAAUCCAACCAUCAACGCCCAAUGUGCUCUUGCCGUUUACAAUGCCCAAGGUUACAAUGCCUGGACGACGUGGUCAAGUGGCGACUGCACCAACUGGAACAAGUGUGGAUCUAGCUCAUCCUCCUCAGGUGCUUCAUCUGGUGCCUCUACCUCUGGUGCUUCAACAUCUGGUGCCUCCACCUCUGGAUCAUCCGGAUCUUCUGGUUCAUCCGGUUCAUCUGGAUCUUCAGGUUCAUCCGGUUCAUCCGGUUCAUCUGGUUCAUCUGGUUCAUCCGGUUCAUCCGCAUCAUCAGGAACAUCCUCAUCCGGUUCAUCCGGUUCAUCAGGAUCAUCAGGAUCAUCAGGAUCUACCUCAACUUCAGGUACCUCAUCAUCUGGUUCAUCAUCUGGUUCAUCAUCUGGCACUGGAUCCUCAUCAGGUACAGGUUCUGGAACUGGUUCAGGAAGCAACGGCGACUGCACCAACUGGAACAAGUGUGGAUCUAGCUCAUCCUCCUCAGGUGCUUCAUCUGGUGCCUCUACCUCUGGAUCAUCCGGAUCUUCAGGAUCAUCAGGUUCAUCCGGUUCAUCUGGAUCUUCAGGAUCAUCCGGUUCAUCAGGAUCAACCUGA